GCCAAGCGGAAUUGAUUGCGGUGCCGUGGGCGGUGUGGCUGCGUGCAUGCGCAUGGUGGUCACACCCAACCCAAAUCCUCCUCCACAUCUUCUCUGCCCCCUCCCCCUCCGCGUGGUCAUCUUUCCUCUUCCCCCUGCCCUUCUUUCCCGGUCUCCACUCUCCACUGCAAACCUGAGGAGGAGACGACCCAAGUCUUCUCUCUCUCUCUCUCUCUCUCUCUCUCCUUGCCAUUGCUACCUCUCACACAAGUCUCCUCUUCUCGCAAGGGUCAUGUGACCUUCUUAAUAAGCUUGUGACAAUGUUUCGUGCAUUUUCAUUUGUGUCCAUGGAGAAGCUGCGGUGUGCGGUGGUUGCGCUGCUGCUGCUCUCCUUGCUCCCUGAUCUUGGCAGCUGCUACGACGCGGAACAAGAAACUAUGAUCCGGGAGGAAGAUAUGCGCUCCGGCUCCGAAGCUCGGGUGAUCCAAGGUGAACAUUCCAGAAAAUUUCUACUAGAGCAGAACAAGUACUGGUCCGGGCAUUUCGGCAGCAAGGCGGGAUGGCCAGAUUUCACCCCACCAGCAUACACCGGCGGAGGCAGUUUUCAGGGGAGUUCCUUUCCCCCGCCGUCGACGUUCACGCCGAACCAGCAGCCGCCGUAUCCACAGUGGCCACCGUGGCCGUGGACACCGAAGCUUACGCCGACGCCGAGUUUUCCUCCGUUGCAUGCUCCUGCAUCUUCACCAGUGGCCAAAAAGCCUAUGCCGCUGCCCGGGCAUGCUAAAAAUCCUGCACACAGCAUUGCAUUGCCCCCGCAGCCGGCAGCGGUACCCGCCGACGUCGGUAGUAAUCCGGUGGUGGCCGGUGUUGCGCCUGAAACGAAGCACUCUGGCGUUACCAGGCAUAUCUAUGUCAUUGCUGCGGCAGGAGCCUCCCUUCUUGCGGCCGUGUCGGUGGCGCUGUUCGUCCUGUGCUACCGAUCCAACAAGGUGGUCACUGUCAGGCCGUGGGCAACCGGCCUGAGCGGCCAGCUGCAAAAAGCAUUUGUGACAGGUGUGCCCUCGCUGAAGAGAUCGGAGCUGGAGCUCGCCUGCGAAGAUUUCAGCAACGUCAUCGGCUCCUUGUCGGAUUACAUGGUGUACAAGGGGACACUGUCGAGCGGCGUCGAGAUCGCUGUGGUGUCGACGAUGAAGAUCUCUGCGAAAGAAUGGUCCAAGCACUGCGAAACACAGUUCAGGAAGAAGAUAACAAGUUUGUCCAGGGUUAACCACAAGAAUUUCGUGAACCUGCUGGGCUACUGCCAGGAAGAGCAGCCAUUCACAAGGAUGAUGGUGUUCGAGUACGCUCCAAACGGCACACUCUUCGAGCAUCUCCACGUCAGAGAAGACGGCCACCUGGACUGGCCGACGCGCCUGCGGGUGGCGGUAGGAGUCGCCUACUGCCUGGAGCACAUGCACCAGCUGAGCCCCCCGGAGAUCCUGAGGACGUUGGACACAUCAACGAUCUGCCUGACCGAGGACUUCGCGGCAAAGAUCUCUGACGUCUUCUUCUGCGACGAGCCCCGGGAGGAGCAGGCAGGGAUCGCGAGCCUGUCCCCGGUGCUGUUGGACAAGGAGAGCGUCGUGUACAGCUACGGCAUGGUGCUGCUGGAGAUCAUGACCGGGAGGUUCACGGCGUCGGAGGGCGGCCUGCUGGAGAGCUGGGCGGCGAGCUACCUCAGAGGGGAGAGGCAGCUCAGGGACGUGAUGGAUCCCAGCCUGAGGAGGCCCUUCCAUGCGGCGACAGUAGACAGGAUGGACGGCGUCAUCAGGGGCUGCACCGACCGGGAGCCGAGGCGCCGGCUGACGAUGCCGGAGGUCGCGAGGCGGCUGAGGGAGAUCACAGCCAUGCCGCCGGACGCGGCCACCCCCAAGGUGUCGCCGCUGUGGUGGGCAGAGCUUGAGAUCAUCUCCACAGAGGUCAACUGAAGACGGACAUGGGCGUUACAAGGAUUUCGAUCAAAAUCCUUAUAAAUCCUAAAAAUCCCAGAACAAUCUCGUCCAAAUUCCCCUGAAGAGCUGUUUAGUAGAGAAUACAGGUUGGGUUUUUUUUUUUUUUUUGUAUUCUUUGGAUUUCAGAUUGUGUCCAGUGAAGUUUGUAUCCAUCUGUACAUAUGAACAAGAGGAACUCCAGAGUGUGGCCAGAGCAGUAGGAUGAAGUCCAAUUGCAACUUGUGAGGUGCUGAAGAUGUUGAAAUAAAGGUCUUGCAUGUAAUAUCUCA